AACACAGGGACCUUUCUUAAAAACCCACGCUCAAAUCAGACCCAAAUAAAAAAAUAAACAUAAAAAAAACACAAAAAGGCAAAGAAACCCGCACGCGCGAACGCCCAAAUCCCCACCUUUUUCUCCGAUCCCCGAGGGCGAUGGCGGCCCAAUCGCCGGUGAUCCCCGCCACCGCCGCGGCCGACGACCACUCCGUCGAUCCCCCGUCGGCGGAGCAUUCCAAAAAAAGAGAAAAAGAGAAGUACGAGGAUGAAGAGGAAGAGAGAAAUCACGAUGCCGAACCUCGAGAGAAGAAGAGAAGACGAACCUGCCCGGCGGCUCUGACGAGCAUCUCGGCGACGGCGGUGGCAUCGGCAGUGGCCGUGGAGGGAUCUGGAGAGGCGUCAGCGUCGUCGUUCUCGUUCGAUCCGAAGGGGAUCGCCGUGGCGCCGAUCGAGACCACGCCGAAGUUUGGGUCCUUCUACUGCGGCGUGGAUCUAGGGUUGGAGCUGGGAAAGAUCGAGAAGGAGAAGGGGAGGGAUGUGGAUGUAAUUAAGGAGAAAGGUGAGGGUAAAUUGGGAAAUGAAAAAUUAGAGUGAGAUUAGUGUCUGUGUGGCUCUUUGAAUUCAUUUGGAGCCGCCACCCCCUAUUUUUAUAAUUUUCUGGGGUUUUUUUAAUGGAGUAUAAUUUAAUAGUGGUCGGUGAUUAGUGAUGUGGUUUGAUUAGCGUUUGGUCGGAUGUAAUUCUAAAUGCAGUGAAUUUCUAGUUAUAAUAUAACUGGAAAUACUUGGCUUUCAAAAUGCAGUGCAGUAAAAUCUUGUG